CAUUCGACGCUCUCGACAACCCUGGUCAAAAAACCCUGGCUUCGCGUCGCGUUUGGAAUUGCGAGAAUUGAAAGAUUGUGUGGAAAUCAAUUGGAAAUCAAAACACAACAAGAUGAAUCACCUUAAGUGGAUGGGGCACUCGUCCACGAUAAUGGACAUACAGCGUUCGCUGCGCAACGACAAUGGGAGCUGCGAGGUGAUCCUGGCCUCGAGGGACGGCAUUCGGGUGCGCGCCCAUCUCUUCGUGCUCAGUACAUGCAGCGAACUGAUGCGCAACCUCCUGGUGGAUGUGCCCCGUGGCCAGGAGGCCACCAUCGUGCUGCCCGACAUCCGUGGGGAUCUGCUGGAGAGCAUGCUGUCCUUCAUCUACAUGGGCGAGACCAGUUUGCCCUCCGCUUCGCUGUCCGAAUUCCUGGAGGCCAUUAAUCUGCUCGGAAUUAAGUCGGCCAUCAGCUUCGAGUGCAAUCCCUCGGCCAGUGCCGGCGCAGAUGGGGAAACCAAUCCGUUGGAUGUGGUGUCAACCAAGUCCCUAACCGGCCUGCAAAUCGCCGAGGCGGACGAGGACGAGGAGGAGGAGGGAGCCCAGUCGGCGAUGACAGUCGUGCCCAGCUCGGUCCUGGCGGAGAGCCAGCAGUCCAAUCGCUCCCUGGAGUACCUGGAUGUCUAUGAGCCGCCAAAGAUCACCUACUCCAUUGAACACAUGGACGGCAGUUCCAAUGGCAAUCAGUUUAUCCUCACAGAAGAGAAGGGCACCUUUACCAUAACACAGUCGACCGCGAGUUUGACCAAGUUGGAAGCCGAUGAGACGAUCGCCAGUGGUGCCGAUGUGGAACUGGUCGACGACGAUCCAGAGGCCGAUAUCACUGAGGAUUCAGAAGAGCAAGAGACCCAGAUGAUCGAUGAUGAGUUUACGCCCACCGAUCCACUUAUCGAAGCCGCCACUGAAAUGGACGAGGAUGACGAGGAUGUGCACGACGACGACGACCAGGCUGAAGAGGAGGAAUUGGAGCCAGAAAAGCCCCGCAAAUUGGGCGGAGGGGGAGGAAAGCCGACUCCGCGCAAUCGUCGCCCUGUUAAUACAAAAUCCGCCAAACGAGCUCCUGGAAAACCAACGAGACUGCAGCAAUUUGUGGCUCUGAAGAGGGAGGUAAAAGAUGAUAUCAACGAUGCUUUGGAUCUAGCAGCGGAUGCAGUGAUCCUCGAGGGAUUGAGUCUGCAGAAGGCCGCCGAUCGAUUCGACAUCUCCAAGACGGUCCUGUGGCGACGUGUGCGCAACAAUCCCGCCUACAUGCGAAACAACCGGGAACGACCUUCCCUCAUAGAGGCCUAUGAGCGCUUGAAAAACGGGGACUCACUGAAGAGCAUCAGCACGGAACUGCAGAUCCCCAUGUCCACGCUGCACCGGCACAAGAUGCGUCUGUCGGCCCAGGGACGCCUUCCCGACUUCGUGUCCUGCCGCCGGCGGGACACUACGCCCAAGGAUGAGCUGCGCGACAAGUUGGCCAAGGCCGUGCAUGCCUGCAUGAACGAGGGCAUGUCCCAGAACCAUGCGGCAAAUCUCUUCGAAAUCCCCAAGAGCACGCUGUGGCGACACCUGCAGCGACGCAUGUCCAACGAGAACCGAAAGGUCAAGAAGCAGCUGCAGGACGAGUACGAGGACGAUGUGACAAACUAGAAAUAGGCCAAGCACUCACUGGUUUGACAGAUUUAGAGCUGGAAUUUAUAAGUUACCAAUUAAGAAGCCAUAAGCUUAGCGUUUAAACUGUGUGUCGUCCCAUCAAUGUACAUCACCUCUUAUCAUCAAGAUUCUUGGGCGAGAUGCUAUACCAGAGGCAGUCCUUUAGGACUCAGCUCUAUCUGUAGAUACCAAUCGCGAACUUAAUUUAAGUGCAACUGCUCUUAUUAAAUUUCACUCCUUUAUAACUGUUUAAAUAUUAAAAUAAAUACAACCAAAUCUUCUAGAAA